AUGGAUGAAAUUCUUGCCAAAGCAGGUUCACAAGCCGUUACAUUUGCUAUAAAAUCCGGAAUAUCGAUAGCAUCCACAUAUGCGCUAAAGACAAUAACGAACUUUGUCGUCCAGAUUCCUAAGGAUGAUGCUAGAAGAAUAGAUCAACUGAAAUUUAAACUGGAAAGCCGCAUGGCUAUUGUAUCCAGUGCAAUUGACCUAAUAAAGCUGGUAGCGGCGAGGGGAAACACGAAUUUGCAAAUCACUCUGAGGUUAACCAAGGAUUUAAAAGAAGAGAUUGAUAGGUUUGAUGAGAAGAUCAACGAAAUGACGCAGAAAGUUGAGGGUUCCAGGAGCGCAAAAACACAGAAUGAAGCUAUUAAAGCGGUAGAAAACUAUAUAAAGGACUUGCUAUUGAGGAUCGAAGAAAUCACUCCAUUCAUUAAUCUUUCUUUAACCACUUCUGGUGCCAACUUGAACAGCGCACUCCCAUAUCAACUUUCUCCUGGUUUAUUAUUAAAAGCCUCCGAUUUCGUUAGCGAGAACAAUAGAAAGUAUGAAAAGGCAAUGAAGAGUAAUGAGAAAGGAACAGGUGACAAGGAGAUUCUAAAAGUUCAAGUGGGGCCUACAUUUGAGGUUACACUAUUCUCUAUUUUCUAUAACCUAACUUCAGAAAACAAUGGGCAAUCAGGAAUUGUUUGGAAAGAGGAUAUGAAACGUGCAAAAGCAAGGAUAUAUAGAUUGAACUCUACAGGCAGAAAGUAUGAUUAUUUUAUGAAAAUAGAACAAGACUUCAAUGACGGUAGAUAUCAUGAGGAUGAUGACAAAGAAGACACACCACAGGAACUUGCCAUAGAUCUGAACCAUAUUAAGAAGCUGUUUUUCAGUGUUUCCGGUAAGCUUCUCCGAUUAGAAGAACAGGAUUCUCCAGUGUUGGUAUUGAAGAUUGACCGGAGCGAUGACAAAGAAAAUGAGAGCAGUGAAGGAGACAAGGGAUUACUCGAUGACAUUACUUGGUAUGCGGUAAGCGGAUAUGAAGCGAUAGAGGAAGAUGAAGAGGAAGAUGAAGAGGAGGACGAAGAGGAAGGAAAAGACGGAGAAGAACGAAAGGAAGAAGAAGAAGAAGAAAAUAAAUUGGAGGACAAGGAUUCGUCGAUCACACUACUGGAGUACAUCAUUCGGCUGACGUCCUUACAAAGUAACGAUCAGAAAAGUAUAUUGGAAGUGAGUGAUGAAAGGUUAUCUAUAUAUUUGAACGAUGAAAAUACGAACUCCAGAAAGGAUAGAAUAAGCAAUUCGACAAUUGAAGAGACAGAAAAAAAGUUAAAAAACCUAAAACUUUAG